UUUUUGAACUGUGUCGAAGGAUGAGCUUGAAGCGGAAGGAUGCCCCCGACGACGAGGGGGGCGCGGUGAAGGACGUGGCCGCGGAGACGUCAGCGGUCAACUGGCGCAAAUACCUGACGGAGACUAACCUCCUGAUCUCCACCGACGCCACCGCCUCGAGGCAGGUGGGUUCGGGCUCGUUCGCGCACGCGUUGCUCGCCCCCGAGUUGCCACUGAAAGGCCCCCAGCCAUUUAAGACGAACCCCGACAUCCCCGACCCCGUGGGUCGCCUCCGUGCACUCCAAUCUCCGGUCCUUCACAAAUCAUGCAAGUGCCACAAGAAGAAAUGCACCACGUGUCUGAGUUGCGUGGAACGACACUGCACGUGCAAAAAAGGCAGUCGGUCGAAGCGGGCCAAGGCGGUAUCAAGUGACGACGAGCCCGCGAAAGAGGAAGAACCUUUGGCUGCGGUGACUAAAGUCGAGGCUGCCGCCAAGCCUCGUAAGCGCGCCACGACCAAGCGCCUCGCUCCAUCUUCGAUCCGGGGCUGCACUUGCCAUCGCAAGAAGUGCGAAACAUGUCGCAACUGCCUCUCGCGUCAUUGCAAAUGCAACGGGAAGAACGCAGACUUGUCCGAUGGCGGCGGCGAAGACAACGACGACGAAUCGACAGUGUCUGGCGACGACAAGCUAGAAUCGCUGCUGCCACCGCCCGUCCCCGCGCUGCCCACGAGCGUGGCCAAGAAGCGCAAGACGUGUGUGUGCCACCGAAAGAAGUGCGAUCUGUGCCAAAACUGCAUCGCCCGGCACUGCGACUGCCCCCCCGCCGAGUCGGACGGGUGCUCGUGCAACGACGAACCCAAGUGCCCCACGUGCAACCACUGCGUCAAGAGCCACUGCCUCUGUGUCAUGGAAACCCUCAACAACAAACUGAUGAACCAAGUGCUGUUUGUGAAUGCGAUCGCUGACGGGAAGCUGAAGCUCGGACGGCGGGAUCGAAAGGACGUGGUCAAGGACAUGAAGCAGCGCGGGUUUGACCUCGUCGACAACGAACGCGAUUUUGACUACCUCUUGUCCCUCCCGCUGUCGUCGCUGCUCAACCAAGAGAUGGACACGCUCCAGGAACAAGCCGACACGAGCCAAGAAGAAUUUGUGGCCGCCAGUGCCAUCCGUGCCCACGAGCGAGCACUAGAACAACAAGGCAUCGACGACCACUCGACAGAGAAGCUCGAAGCGGAAGAAUGAUGGUUGAAUAUGAGUUUUGUACUACGUAGUCAUCAUGCCUUGUCUAAUGAUUUGGCGACGAGGACGCCGUGUGGACGGCAGAGGCAUCCUGGAUCUAAAGUUGGAUAUGUAGUACACAAGAGCACCAAGGAGAUCUGAUGUUCAAAUGUUCGGCAAUUUUAUACUGGUACAACCCGUAGUUACUGC